CAAAUGUCUGAAAAUGAUGUUAUAUUAGUAACAUCAUCGUAUGAUCAUACUUUUAUAUUUUGGGAUGCUACAACAGGUUAAUAAAAACUAGAAAUAAAUCAAGGAGAUAAAGUGAUAGUGAACAGAAUUGAUAUAUCUUAAGAUAAGAAGUAUUUAGCUGCAGGUGGGAAUUUCUUUGCUUCUUAUUAUGAUUUAAAUUCUUAAAAGAAUACUCCUGUUUAUGUAUAUGAUGGAUAUAAGAAUAAUAUAACAGGAAUAGGGUUUUUGAAGGAUAGUAAUUUCUUUUAUACGUGUUCUGAAGAUGGAUUUAUAAGAAUCCAUGACUUAAGAUCAAAUAGUAUAUAAUUGAAUAAUUAUAUAGAUUUGUCAAGGGAGUACUAAGAGAAAGAGCCAUUAAAUACAAUUUGUUUACAUCCAAAUGAAACUGAAUUAAUAGUAGGAGAUUAAAUGGGGAAUGUGAAGAUAUAUGAUUUUUAGUAAAAUAAGGUAAGAUUGAAAUUAUCUCCUUGUCCUGAAGUAGGCAUCAGAUCAAUAACAAUUGCAUAUAAUGCUAGUUAGAUUGUAGCUGCUGAUUCACAAGGACAAUGUCAUACUUAUGUGAUGAAUAACAUGGAUCUCACAGAAUAAAGUUAAUUGUAUAAAUUUGAAGCACAUUAAGAUUAUAUAUUAAAAGCUUCAAUUUCUGCUGAUAUAAGAUAUUUAGCCACUUGUAGUGCUGAUAAAACUGUUAAACUAUGGACAUUGAAUGAAAAAAACUAAGGGAAUGAAAAAUAUCCAAAAUGGGAAUUAUUUUCAACUCUAUAUGGUAAUCAUUUUUCAAAAUUUAUUUAUAGGACAUGGUAAAUGGGUUUGGGAUUGUGCAUUUUCAUGUGAUUCAGAAUAUAUCAUUACUGCUUCAUCAGAUUUAACUACUAAAAUAUGGUAAACAGAUAGUGCUGCUGUGUUGAGAACUUUAAAAGGACAUAAGUCAGCUGUUACUAGCUUGUCUAUUAAUGAUAUAGCAAUUGACUGA